AUGGUAGCGCCGAUCGCGGUGGCCUCGGCGGGGCUGGGGAUGCUGGCGGGGGUGGCCAUGGCCAACAGGUCCAUCCAGGAAGGGAGGCCAGCCGCCGCGGUGCGGUGGCCGCAGCAGCGGUGCGCGACGUGCAGCGGGACGGGGAGGGUGGAGUGCCUUUGCUCGCGGUGGUCCGACGGGGACGGCCACGGGUGCCGGAGCUGCGCGGGCACGCGGAAAAUGCCUUGCCGGAGCUGCGGCGGCUCCGGGACCGGCCGCCGGGCGCCCGUGCGGAUCAGCGCCUCCUCCUCCAAGCUACGGUCGAGCAGCCGCUGA